AGAAGGCACACAAACAUUGCAUUCCGCUCCUCCCGCGCGUCAUCGAUUCCCAGCUCGCUCUUUCUCUCUCUCUCGGUGCUCCUCCGCCCCCCACAGUGCUCCACCAGCCCCCCACCCAACGUGAUAAAGUGUGUGUGCUAAGUGUGUGCGGGAUUUUUGGUUCACGUUCUGAUUGUGUAUGUUUGUGCCGUGCCUCUGUAUCUGUUUCUGUUGCUGCAUCUUCGUCUGCUCAAAAUCACGAAUGCAAUUGCAACGUUUCAAAACUAAAAGAAAGAACACCAACUAAAGCUUGGUUUUGUUGCUCAGUGUUUUAGAUUUGUACUGCAAGGCGACAAACAAAUAAUCAGAAGCGAGAAACCAGAAGCAACAACAAAAGCGGAGCAACUGAAGCGCAAACACACACAAACACAUAGAUAGGGUAGGGAUUGUGAAAGCGAGAUAGAAAUAAACUAGGCAUAAUUUAUAGCACACACAAAAUAAAACGGCUAAUUAUAAGAGAAAAGUGUGUUACUUGGAAUCGAUAAAUAACGGUAGUCCAGGAGCGGGAAAGGAGCCAAAGAAUUCGGAAUACAAAUUAUAUACAAAAAAAACCAGCAAACAAGAAGAGAAGCAAAGGCAGCAAAAACAAGGGGACGCCCUCGCAGCUGUGAAUCAGUCCGUCCCGUGUUCCCUGUUUCCGUUCUCGGCUGCUCCUCCUCGUCCGCUUCCACUUCCAGCUCCGGAUAUUUGGCUUUGGAUUCGGACUCGUAUUCCAUUUCGGACCUCUCCAUAUCCAAAGUCGCCAAUUCACGUUUUCCCACAACAUGAGCCCGCCCAUCGUCACGCGACGGAGUGCGCAGCAGGCGAAGAUGCAGACGCGGGCAAUGGCCAAUAAAUGCAAGGCGACGGGCACGGCGGCAACCGGAGCGGGAGUGAUCGGCGGCAGCGGCUCUGCCGGCGGCGGCAGCGGCAGCGGCGGUAUCAGCAGCAGCAGCAGCGGCGGCGGCGGUCUUAAUGCCAGCGAUCAGCGAAAAGCGAACAAACCGAGCGCAGCGCUCUUAGAGGCGAAACGUCGAGCGCGGAACAUGCUCAAAAAUCAAACGAACGCCAUGCAGGAAUCCGUCACGGAUAUAUUCCAGAAUGCUGUCAAUUGCAAGGGUCUGGUGCGCAAGCCCACGGCCCUCAUCUACGACGAAUCCAUGAGCCAACACUGCUGUCUGUGGGACAAGGAACACUACGAGUGCCCCGAACGCUUCACGCGCGUCCUGGAGCGCUGCCGCGAGCUGAAUCUGGCGGAGCGCUGCCUGGAACUGCCCUCGAGAUCGGCGACCAAGGAGGAGAUCCUGCGCCUGCACUCCGAGGAGCACUUCGACCGGCUGAAGCAGACCUCCGGAGUUCGCGACGACGAGCGCAUGGAGGAGCUGAGCUCCCGCUACGAUUCAGUCUACAUUCAUCCGUCCACCUUCGAGCUCUCCCUGCUGGCCACCGGCUCCACCAUCGAGUUGGUGGACCAUCUGGUCGCCGGGAAGGCGCAGAACGGCAUGGCCAUCAUCCGGCCACCGGGCCACCACGCCAUGAAGGCCGAGUUCAACGGGUACUGCUUCUUCAACAACGUGGCCCUGGCCGCCCAGCACGCCCUGGAUGUCCACAAGCUGCAGCGCAUCCUGGUCAUCGACUACGACGUCCACCAUGGCCAGGGCACCCAGCGGUUCUUCUACAACGAUCCGAGGGUGGUCUACUUCUCCAUCCACCGCUUCGAGCACGGCAGCUUCUGGCCGCACCUGCACGAGUCGGACUACCAUGCGAUUGGCUCCGGCCCGGGAACGGGCUACAACUUCAACGUGCCGCUGAACGCGACGGGGAUGACGAACGGCGACUACCUGGCCAUCUUCCAGCAGCUGCUGCUCCCGGUGGCCCUGGAGUUCCAGCCGGAGCUGAUCAUCGUGUCGGCGGGCUACGAUGCAGCGCUGGGCUGUCCGGAGGGGGAGAUGGAGGUCACCCCGGCCUGCUACCCGCAUCUGCUGAAUCCGCUGCUGCGUCUGGCCGACUCCCGAGUGGCCGUCGUCCUGGAGGGCGGCUACUGCCUGGAGUCCCUGGCCGAGGGUGCCGCGCUGACCCUGCGCUCCCUGCUCGGCGACCCGUGUCCGCCGCUGGUGGAGCCACUGGCUCUGCCGCGUGCCGAACUCGCCCAGGCGCUGCUCAGCUGCAUUGCCGUCCAUCGGCCGCACUGGCGCUGCCUUCAGCUGCAGAAGACCUACGAUUCGGCGGAGCUGCAGGGCGAGGAGAAGGCGCAGGAUCUGCACAAGGUGCUGCGCCUCUGGAUUGGCGGACCGCCGCCAGUGGAUCGGUAUCCGACGAGGGACACGGCCAUCCCCCUGCCGCCCGAGAAGCUGGUCAGCAAUGCGGCGCGUCUGCAAGUGCUGCGCACGGAGACCAAGCUGUCGAUGCCGGCGAUUCGCGUCUGCUACGCCUACGAUGCGCAGAUGCUGCUCCACAGCAACCUGCACGACACCGGGCAUCCGGAGCAGCCGUCGCGCAUCCAGCACAUCCACAAGAUGCACGACGAGUACGCGCUGCUGGCGCGGAUGAAGCAGCUCCCGGCCCGGGCGGCCACCACGGACGAGGUGUGUCUGGCGCACACGCGCUCCCACGUGAACUCGGUGCGGCGGCUGCUGGGCCGGGAUCCGGAGGAUCUGCACCAGGUGGCCGCGGGCUACAACUCGGUGUACCUGCACCCGCGCACCUUCGACUGCGCCACCCUGGCCGCCGGAUCCGUGCUGCAGGCGGUGGACAGCGUGCUGCGCGGCGAGUCCCGCAGCGGCGUGUGCAACGUCCGGCCGCCGGGCCAUCAUGCCGAGCAGGACCAGCCGCACGGCUUCUGCAUCUUCAACAACGUGGCCAUUGCCGCGCAGUACGCCAUCCGGGACUUUGGACUGGAGCGGGUGCUGAUCGUGGACUGGGACGUCCAUCACGGCAACGGCACGCAGCACAUCUUCGAGUCCAAUCCGAAGGUGCUGUACAUCAGCCUGCACCGCUACGAGCACGGCGCCUUCUUUCCCAAGGGACCCGACGGCAACUUCGAUGUGGUGGGCAAGGGAGCCGGCCGGGGAUUCAAUGUGAAUAUUCCGUGGAACAAGAAGGGCAUGGGCGAUCUGGAGUACGCGUUGGCCUUCCAGCAGCUGAUCAUGCCCAUCGCCUACGAGUUCAAUCCGCAACUGGUGCUCGUCUCGGCCGGAUUCGAUGCGGCCAUCGGAGAUCCCCUGGGCGGCUGCAAGGUGACGCCCGAGGGCUACGGCAUGCUGACCCACUGGCUGUCCGCCUUGGCCGGCGGCAGGAUCAUCGUUUGCCUCGAGGGCGGCUACAACGUGAACUCCAUUUCGUAUGCGAUGACCAUGUGCACGAAGACGCUGCUGGGCGAUCCGGUGCCGACGCCCCAACUGGGCGCCACUGCGCUGCAGAAGCCGGCCACGGUGGCCUACCAGAGCUGCGUGGAGUCGCUGCAGUCGUGCCUGCAGGUGCAGCGCAACCACUGGCGAUGCCUGGAGUUCGUGGGCCGGCGACUGCCGCGCGAUCCCGUCGUGGGCGAGAACAACAACGAGGAUUUUCUUACCGCCUCCUUGCGACAGUUGAAUAUCUCAAGUGACGGCGCUCCGGAGGCGGCGGGCGGAUCCGCCGGCGAUCGGCCAGAUUGCGGCGAGGAGCGGCCCGGCGGCAGCAAGCCCAAAGUCAAGGUAAAAACGCUCACCGAGUACUUGGCGGAGAACCAGGAGGCCCUCGAGCAGAAUGAGAUGUUCGCCGUGUAUCCGCUCAAGACGUGCCCGCACCUGGGUCUCCUGCGACCGGAGGAGGCGCCGCAAUCAAUAAACAGCGAGGCGGCGUGCAGCGAGUGCGGAUCGACGGGCGAGAACUGGGUGUGUCUGAGCUGCCGGACGGUGGCCUGCGGUCGCUACAUGAACGGGCACAUGGAGCAGCACUCCCUGGCGGGGCAGCAUCCGCUGGUGAUGAGCAUCGGCGACCUGUCCGUGUGGUGUUACAGUUGCUCCGCCUACGUGGACCAUCCCCGCCUGUAUGCCUAUCUCAAUCCGCUGCACCUGGCCAAGUUCCAGGAGCCGAUGCCCUGGACUCACAGUUGUCCGAAGCGCGAGGAUGGCUGCUAUCCGAUGGGAGCCAAUGGCAGGGAUGAUGAGGACGAGGACGACAUCCCUGGGAGCAGUGGCAUCUGCUUUCGGCUGGAGCGAAACAACUGACCCUUGGCCAUUCGCGUGCUGGACGCCCUCACGGAUUACAUUUGCACGCUGUGCCCGCCGCUCAGACACCUCAUCCAGUUCCUGGCCGAGCACCUCUGGCCGCUCCUGGAACGCAUUUACCUUAACCUGCUGCACUACUUCCUGGCUCACUGAGCCACCACUACCCACAGCCCGCCACCCGCAUCCUGCAUCCCCACUUUGGCCCCCAAAUAAUAAUACACAAACGAACAUGGAAAACAUGAAACUAUUGUUAAUUCGGGAGCUGGCAGCCAAUCGGCAUCUGCUGGUCCCGGCUCCCUCAAAUUUAUACAAAUAAAAAUUGUUAAUGUUAUCAACUAAUGAUCUAAUAAAGACUUCGAGUGUUUUUCGA